AUGGCUCCUGCUGCUUUACUCAUCGGCUGUCUGCUUGCCACAAUCAGCUGCUUAACCACAGGUCAAACUACCACAUCAAUUAAUGCUGUUCCUGCAUCACCUAAUGCAACUGACAUGUCGGACAAUGCAACUAAUGUAUUGCCUGACGCAACUAGUGCAACUACCAUUUUGCCCACAUCACCUAGCACCACCAUGGCACCCAACUCAACCAACACGGUGCCCAGUGUAACCAACACGCCGCCCAACACGCCGCCAAAUGCAACCAACAUGGCAACCAACACAGACACCAUGGCGCCAACGCAACAACGCAAUGACGCAACCAACACACCACCAAAUGCAACCAACACACCACCAAAUGCAACCAACACGCCGCCCAACGCAACCAACACACCACCAAAUGCAACCAACACGCCGCCCAACGCAACCAACACGCCGCCAAAUGCAACCAACACGCCGCCCAACGCAACCAACAUGGCGCCAAAUGCAACUAGCGCAUUACCUAAUGCGACUACAACAAAUGCAACAACUCCUCAGGCUUCAUUGUAUGGAAGUUGUGCGAGUCCAGAUCUGUGCUGCUCUGGACUGAAUAGCAACUGUCAUCGUAAAAAUUGUUUUUGUGAUGUUGCUUGUCUGAGAUUACAUGACUGCUGCCCUGAUUUUAAACCCACCUGCCUCACAGGUAUUCAGAAAUAUUCAAACAAAACCCAUAUUUGA